CCUUCCCCCCGGGCCGCCUUCUGUGGCGGCGGGCAAGGGGCUGGGAGGGCCGGCGUCGCCAUGCGAUUUCGGGCUAAGAUCGUGGAUCUUGCCUGCCUCAACCACUUCAGCCGUGAGUAUGUCGGGGCAGGCUCAAGGGCGGCAGUGCCUCUGUGAGCGGCUGGGGCGUUUCUCGGACAAAGAAAAGAGGAAGGGAGGUAUAAUUAACACAAUCGUCAAGUUAGCCAAGACCUGCAUCCUGCGCCUUACUGUCUGCAAGCUGUAUUUCAUCCUCUCCGAUAAAGUAGCAAAUGGAGGUGCCAGUAUGUGGUGUGAGCUGAGCCAGGGGAAUUUCUUCGAUGAAUUUCAGAUGGAAGGAGUAGCUGCAGAGCACAAUGAAAUCUAUUUAGAGUUUGUGCCUGAGAACCUAUGGAGAGCAUUAAAAACUGCCCAGAGUGCUAAGGCAGUGAAGAUCAAGUUGACUAAUAAACACUGUCCCUGUCUCAGAGUUGCUGUGGAGCUACCAUCCUUAUCAAGCAGCAGUAGGAUUGUGACACAUGACAUUCCUGUGGGAGUUAUUCCCAGAAGAAUGUGGAAUGACUUCAGAGAGCCCAGCAUGCCAGACUUUGAUGUCAGUAUUUACCUACCAGUGCUGAAAACAAUGAAGAGUGUUGUGGAAAGAAUGAAGAAUCUCAGCAAUUUCAUUGUGAUUGAAGCAAACUUGAGUGGUGAAAUGAACUUGAAAAUAGAAACAGACUUAGUAUCUGUAACAACACAUUUUAAAGACCUGGGAAAUCCUCCCUGGGCAUCAGAGGAUGGAUGUCAAAGUUCUGGUCAAGGUAGAGAUCUGGAAAGUAUGGCUGAAGCAUGCAUAGACAUCAAGAAGCUGCAGCAGCUGCUUGCUGGACAGCAAGUCAAUCCUACAAAAGCAUUGUGCAAUAUUGUACAUAAGAGAAUUGUCCACUUCAUCUUGCUCCAUGAGGAGGUUUCACUUCAGUAUUUUAUUCCAGCAAUUGCCUGAGUGUUUUGGAAUCUUGGUAAUUUUCCAGCCUGAGGCCUCUUUCACGAAGUCUGAAAUCUUUCCUGAGUUGCUGGAUUAUUUUGAUGUGAGACACUGUUAGAUGCAGCCAUCAGAUGGACAUUAUUUCAAUAUUUAUGAAAAUGUUCAAAAUUCUUCCUCGUCCAGACAGCCAUUUUUGCGAAUAGUUAUAUGCUAUGAAAGAGACAAUGCUGGGGAGCAUUGGCAUAUCUUACUCUUAGGAGGAGCAAAACUGAAAUUUGUCUUAGCCACAGUUCAAAACAUCCCAAAAGCACACUGAAUUAAAUACUUCAGUCUUUUCAAAAAACUAAAGCUAGAAUUCACCUCUGGAGCUGCUGUUGUGUGUAUUCAGUAUUGAGCAAUGCAAUCCAAGUUAAGGGAUCUCUGAGCAAGCUAUAAUACCUCCAUGAAACAGGAGAGCCUUCUGGAGGGGUGCCUGAUUGGUAUUUGUCUGGACAAAUACGCACAGCCCUCCUGAAGUUGUAUGGAAUUGAAUUCUGUUCCAGUAGGAAUCUUUUGAUUACACUUGCUCCAACAUAUCUCAGUAGCUCUGUUCAUGCUUACUCUUUGUUUAACUCUUGGCCUCGGAGGAUGAGCAAAACAGUCUGAAUUACUUUGUUAAUGUGGGCAGUGAAAAUCACUAUGUACAGAAUGAAUAUCAUAUGAGGAUAUGUGAGCACAGCAAUUGGUAUGAAAAAGAACAAGUUAUCCAUGGAUCACAUUUUUUCCCUUUCUGGCUAGAAAACAUUGUACAACCUGUGUUGUCAUGGUGUCAGAUGUGGUAAGAUUGUGUGUAGGCUCUCAUGCCAAGCAGCCAAGAGGAUACCUAAAUUUCACUCAGGAGUACUACCCCUGCUUCUACCUCCUGGCUAUUUUCUGAGGUAUUUUCCUCCUUAUUCCAUGUGUGAUUUAUUUGUUACCCUGGCAUGUACCAUACAGCUUUUUUUUAGUGAUUGAGUCUAUGCUGCCAAAUGAGACUGGGAGUUUCUUCUAUAAAUAGCUUGUCAUGGUCAGAAGUGCUGGGUUUUUGAUGUUUUUUUUUUUUGCAAGGGGCAUUGACAUUAAGGGAGCAAUGAAUCUUUUGUCCAUGGAGAUGCAAAUGCUCAAGAGAAGGCUGAAGGAGAGGCAAUGGCAAUGAGAAGGUAGAAUAGACUUGCAGUGAUGAGUGUGUUUUGACUGACUGUUUAUAGACCUUUCUACCUAUUCCCUCUUUGUUCCUCCCUGCUCUGUCUUGCCCUGCACAUUGCCUCAUCAGUUGUCAUAUUUCCACCCACUGCUUGCAACAUGCUAAGGUUUGCAUCUUUACUAUUUGCAAAGUCCCAUUUUGCCUAUGUUGUGAGUUGACCUUGGUAAGCUGCUGCUCGCUCACUCACUCACAUCUGGUGGGAUGGGGGAGAGAAUUGGAAGGGUAAAAGUGAAAAAAAUCAUGGGUUGAGAUAGGGACAGCUUAAUAGGCAAAGCAAAAUACGGAAUUCAUCACUACUUCUCAUGAGCAUAGGUGUUUAACCAUUUCCAGGAAAGCAGGGCUCCAUUAUGCAUAACACUUACUUGGGAACACGGACUGCAUAACUCUAAAUGCCCUUUUCUUCCUCCUUCUUUUCCCUGAGAUGAAUGCGAUCCUGUAUGAUACAGAUAUCCCUCUGGUCAGUUGGGGUCAACUGUCCCAGCUGUGUCCCUACCAAUUUCUUGUGUGCUUCCAGCAUAUUUGCUAGUGGGGCAGUAUGGGGGACUAAUGCCUUGAUGCUAUAUAAAUGCUGCUCAGCAAUAAUAAAAACAUCGCUGUGUUAUCAGCACUGUUUUGGUCAUAAAUCUAGAACAUAGCACCAUAUGAGCUACUAUGAAGAAAAAAAAUUCUAUCACAGCCAAAACCAAUGUAGCCUGCUGUUUCUUGAUAGGCCAACCAACAAUUAAUGCAAAGAGAUAUUUUCAGUUCUUUUUUUUCUGGUUACUGUCUUUGUUAAUGCUAAUCAAUCAGGGUUUAUAUUUGUGUUUGCCUCAUUUGUUUGCUUUUUCUCAUCCAGUAUAGGAUGUGAUCAGUCAGAUAACCAUAGAAUAAAUACUCGAACACUUUCACACCAAUGCCUCCUAAAAUACUCACAUCACUUUUGUGUCCCUUGGUGUCCAUGUUUUUGGUUUCUUCCUCUUAACCCUUCUUUGGUAUGGUAAGGAAACUUAUAACCUCUUGUUUUUCUUACUUUUUGGUUACACACUGCAUUGCUGAUCCUUAUUUUUAUGCUGUAUUUGAAAAAGCCUUUGCAUAUAGUCUGAUUUUUUCAACGUCAUAGCAAUUAAAAAAGAAUGACAUUUUGAUUAGAAAAUGAAAACAGAGGGUGCUAAAGAGCUGUGGAAAAAUGUAUUACUCUCCUUUCUAAGAAGAAGCUGGGAACAAGUAAUGGGCCACAGUUAACCCUUGUGAGAGGGUUUUUCAUAAAUGACAAUUCUCAAAUGGGCAGAUUGCCAUGACUAAAUGUAAGACUGAAAUGAUUUCAACACUGUAUGCUAAGGAAAAAAUACUGUUUCCAGAGCAAGCAUCAUGAAUGACCCAGUUAUGUUGCACGCAUAUUAGGUGGCUAAAAAGCUAUGUGAUCUUGACUUAAAUAUCUCUGCUUCAGUUCUUCAUACGUAAAACACUUUCUGCUAUACAGCUGGGUGCAAUGUGUGAUGAAUAAAUGCAUGAAGGAUUUCCAGUGCA